AGUCACCGAGGGCCGAUGGCGGCGCUUCCGGCAGCGGAGCGCGCGGCGCGCGAAGCCGAGGCGGCGCUGGCGGCGGGCGAUGGGGCCCGGGCGGCCGCCGCCCUCGGCGCCCUGAGGCGCCACUUGGGAGUCCCGGGCGCCGCCCCCCUCCAUUUCUCCGCCCUGCUGCGGGGCCUGGUCGACCGGCUGACCCCCGACUGCCCGGCCCCCCCCCUGGAGGGGCUGUGGGGCAGCCUCUUCCUCGAAGGCCCCGCCGACCAAGCCUUCCUCGUGCUCGUGGAGGCCGUCGCCGCCGCCCCGGGGCCCUGUUUCCGCCUGACGAAGGUGGUGGACGUGUUGGCGGAGUUCCUGAAGAGGGGACGGAUGGCCGCUCUGAUGUGGGAGCUGUGUGGGCAGCAGCAGCAGCAGCAGCAGCAGCAGCGGGGGUCACUGGGGCUGGAGCAGGAGGGGCCCCCUGACCCGUCCCGCCUCCAAGAGACACUGCUCCACAAGGUCGUGGGCCUCCCGGAUCAUCUGAGCAACCGGCUGCAGGAGGGGAGCCCAGCCCUGUUCCUCCCCCAGAAUUACUUCCCGUUCCUGGGGGAGGAGAUUCUGCAGGUGCUGCACAGGAUCUCCGACUCCCUCCGAGGUGGUCUGGACUGUUCCAUCUCCUUCGUGUCUCAGGUCCUGGGCAAGGUCUGUGUCCAGGGGAGGCAAAAGGAGAUCCUGGCAGCGCUGGCCCCCCGCCUGGCAGAGCUCACCCAGUCGGACUGCAUCUGGCAGAGGAUCUGCUGGCGGAUGGUGGAGUCCGUGCCACACAGCGGGAUGGAAGCCGUGGUCUCUGGGUUUGUCCGAGCAGCUCCGGGGGCCGACGUCCUGUCUCGAGUACUGGGGAACCUGGUGGUGAAGAACAAGAAAGCGCAGUUUGUGGUGACCCGGAAGUUGUUGUUCUUGCAGUACGGCCUCACGACCAAAGGACUACAGAGUCUCCUUGGAUACCUGGCCUUGGACCCCCUCCGCCGACCGCUUCUGGUUCAGGUGCUGAAGGAGCUCUUGGAGAUCUGGGCCAGCAGCAGCGCUGUGAAGCACACCCCGGUAGAGCAGCAGCUGUACGUCAGCAAGGCCAUCCUCAUCUGCCUCACCCUCCUAAAGGACACGGAGACGGAGAGCAUCCGGGCAGAGCUGCUGGCCAGUAUGACGAGAGGGGCACAGUGCCACCUGGACAGCAGCCUGCCCCAGGUCCGGCGCCUGGGCAUGAUCGUGGCCGAGAACCUCAGCUCCCGCCUUCACCCAGAUGGGCCCGGCCUCAAGUUCCAGUACGAAGAGGACGAGCAGAGCAGAGAGUUACAGUCCCUGGCCAGCCCGCAGCCUUCCGACGGCGCCAUGCCAUCUGCUGGUCCAGAUCCCGGAUCUCAAGUCAGCAAGAGCGCAGACCAGGAAAAAGGCCCGCCCCCGGCUUCAGAGGACAGCUGCGACUCUGAACUAGACAGCGAUGACGAGUUCGUGCCCUAUGACAUGUCCGAAGAUAAAGAGCUGAAGACGACGAAGGUCCCCGUGUACAUCCGAGACUGUCUUGAAGUGCUGACGACAUCCGAAGACAUGGAGCGGUGGGAGGCGGCGCUGAGGGUUCUGGAGAGCCUGAUCCGGAGGAACCGAACCACCACGAGAGAGGUGAGCGUGGAGUUGGCCAAGGUGCUGCUCCACCUGGAGGAGAAGAUCUGCGUGGAGGGGUUCGCCUCACUGCGUCAGAGAGCCCUCGUGGCCGUCACGGUCGCCGACCCUGUCCAGGUGGCGCAGUAUCUGAUCGCCCAGUUCUCCGCCCUGAACUACAGCCUCGGCCAGCGCAUGGACAUCCUGGACGUGCUAGCUCUUGCCGCUCAGGAGCUCUCGGCCCCCAGCCCCAGAGAGACCCCCCAGCAGCCCCUCCCCCCGAAAGCCAGCAUCCAGGUGUUGCCCGGCGAGCAGACCUCUGACCCCAGCAGCAGCACCCCCAAGACCUGGAGGAAAAUCGUGGACGAGAGGAUCCAAAGCAAGACCCGCAGGUUUGCCAAGGGUCCGUCCAGGCCGGACCCAGUGGCGGUCCCCAACGAGUUCAAUGCUGUGGCCGGCUGUUUCUUCUUCCCCCUCAUCCAGCGCUUCGACAGACCGCUGGCGACGUUUGACCUCUUGGGAGAUGACCACUUAGUGCUAGGCAGACUGGUCCACACCUUGGGGAUCCUCAUGCACUGUGCGGUCAACACCGCGGCGGCCGUGCCCAUGGGGAAGGCGCUGUUGGAGUUGGUCUGGACGCUCCGUUUCCACACUGACGCGUAUGUGCGGAGGGGCCUCCUGUCCGCCAUCUCCUUCACCCUCCUGAGCGUCCCUGCUACGUGCCUGCUGGGAGACCUGAUGGAAGAGCUCCUGGAGACCAGGGCCUGGCUGGCGGACGUGGUGGAGAAGGACCCGGAUGGGGACUGCAGGGGCCUGGCGAUGCAGGCGCUGCUGCUCAUGGAGAAGCUGAAGGAGAAACUCUGAUGGGGGCCGGCGUAAAAGACAGAGGAGCGGAGAGUAAGGGCGGGUGGGCGGACAGAGCCCUCGCGGCCGGUGGGGGCCGGGAGCCCGGGCCGACAUUUGGGCUUUGUAGUGACGGCCAACUCUGGGCCGUCCCCGCCGCCGCUGUCCGGUACUCAGUGUCCAGAUGCAGGAAGGCCCGGUCGUGCUGCCAUCGCCCUCCGCCCCCUCCCCAGCCCCCGGCACGCUGGACCUGCUAUUUAUAGCUUUGGCAAGUCUGAACGUUUGGCUAAAAAUACAGGGAAGAGCUUCCAGCCGCUGCCUCUUUGGAAAACAGCGACCGGGCCCUUCCCGCUGCCCGAGGGUGGCGGGCACCGGCCUCUCCCCAGGAUCCGCCCUCCCCGGGUCCGUGUUUCGGGGGGUCCCCCCGGCCAGGAGGGUGGGAGGACCAUCUCUUCCGGACCAUCGGGCUCCACGGUCAAAGCGGGGAGAAGGGCCCGGUGGAGAUUGGAGGAGGCGGGCAGGCCGCCUCACUCUGACAGACCAAGGGGAAAGGGGGCGAAGAUGUAGAGGGGUUCCUCACCGCGGCCAGGCCGUCACCAGAGUGGGGGAGGCGCCCCACCUCACUUCCCCACCCCCCUUUCCGUGUGUCCCUUCCCCAUCUGGAGUACGAGUUAAAAGAAUGAAAGGAGGGUCUCUGAGCUUUGCUUUUUUCCUCCUCCGGUGGGGGAUGUGGCAUCGGGAGGGGAAGGUCCGGCAGAGUCUUUGUCGGGGCCACCAGGGCUCCUCUCUGAACAGAGCCUGACCUAUAUCCCGGCCUCCGUUCAGCCCACGUGCCUGGGGGGCUCUCGGCCGAAGGGCCGGGGGUCCCCAGGACCUGGCGUGAUCCCCUCCGCCGGCCGAGGCCCAUCCCACCCCAUCUCCUGGGGGAGCCCCCGGCUCCUCUCAGGCCUCUUGGGUUUUGUGGGUAGGGAAGGUGCUGGGCUGUGCCAAGGGGAAGCUCCCCCUCAUCCAGGUCUCUGCCCGGGAGAGGCUUGGCGUUUCUGUCUCGGCAUGGUGCCGCCUUUGUCAGGGGCCCCCGGCAAACCCCCAAUUGUGAUGGGAGCGGAGGCCACUGGUGGGUUCGGCUGCCGGGGACAGCGAGACGCUUUUCUUAAUAAACCUUUAAUGCCAAA